AUGGUUGCAUUGGAUAUUGUGGGUGCCUAUGAUAAUGUUAACAUCCCCAUGCUAAUAAAAGAGAUGGAUAAGCAGGGUAUACCUAGGGAUGCUAUAGGGUUAAUCAAUCGACUUCUCCUCAACAGGAACCUAUUUGUUAAGGAUGCUGUUGGGCACCUUUUGGUCGGACCUAGAUCAACCAGUAAGGGGGUCCCUCAGGGAUCUCCCUUAGCGCCUCUUUUAUUCAAUAUAUACGUAAAUUCAAUUAACGAUGUCAAUGUCCUCUUUGCUAUAGGCUUGAUGAAUAAAGCCUUGGUGGCAGUGGCUGAUUGGAUGCAUAGGUUUAACUUGCAGCUUAGUCCGCAAAAGUCGUCUGCUAUUUUAUUCUCUAGAUCUGCUUUGGUUGGACUUCCCGACUUGGUAGUUAAUAGUGUAAAUAUUCCCUGGAAAAAUGAAAUUAGGUACCUGGGAGUUACAUUUGAUGCUAAGCUUACGUGGGUUCCACAGGUUGGCAGAAUGAUUCACAAGGCAGCUAGUGGAAUUAAUAUUAUGAGAUUUCUAUCCAGGACAUGGUGGGGAGCCCAUCCGUCUACUCUUCUGAUAUUUUAUAAAGCUUUUGUGCGUUCCCAUCUUGAUUAUGGUUCUAUGGUACUGGGGUGCUGUGGGAAAAAAACCCUGUCUGGUCUGGAUAGGAUUCAAUAUCAGGCUUUAAGAGUGACAUUGGGUAUGAUGAAAUCAACUCCAAUUAAUAUUUUAUUGGGAGAGGCUUGUGAAACCAGUUUGGAGGUGAGGAGGAUUAUGUUGGCUUCUAAGUUUUUGGUCAAGUCCCUUAGAAUCAGAAAUAAUCCUAGUUUCUUAGCUACCCAACGGUUAUAUAUUGCCUAUCAAGAAAAUCAUAACUUUUUUAGAAGGAAGGCGAAUUUACCCUUAGUUGGGGCAUUUGACUACACCGCCACAUAUCAUAAUAUUAUCGAUAGUGGAGACGUUCUAGCGUGUUUUAAUAAGGACCUGGCCCCUAAGCUUACGCCUAUUAAUUUUGUUGAUUCCAAAAUUGAGAAAGGGGUGGGUCUAAAUGAAACUGAGUUUCGGGAAUUUUGUUCUAAAAUGUGGACCGGGGAAGAGACAUUUAUAUUUACCGAUGCCUCUAAGGGACCAGAUGAUAGAGUUGACUUUGAAGUAUUUAUUCCGUCUCUCAAUGUUAGGGUCGGGCAUGGGUUGAAUAGCGCGUUUUGUAUUUGCUCUGCAGAAAUGGUAGCUAUUAGUUACGCCCUAGAUCUUAUAUUAGAUUAUAAUAUUAAACAGGCAGUAAUUGUCUCCGAUUCCAAAAGUGCCCUGCAGAGCUUCGGAUGCAGUGCGGUUGAAGCUUCCAACAGCUACAUUCUACUAGAUAUUAAAGCAAAGAUUGAUAUUUUGAAGCGCAGACUUGAGGGGAAAAUAUCGUUAUGCUGGAUUCCAAGCCAUUCGGGGAUAAGACAUAAUGAAACGGUGGAUAGAAUAGCCUCAGAAGCUAGACUUUUAGACUCGCUGAAUUUAAGGCCCCCUUUUAGUGAAUUUAUCCCGAUAAUUAGAGCAAAGAUGUGGCACAUCUGGGCCAUCAAGUGGAGAGAGUGGGGCCGUUCAAAGGGCAGACUUUAUAGUGCAGUUUAUAAGACACCUCCAACAGUUCCAUGGUUCCAGAAAGGAGAUUACAACAGUGUGCAGAAUGAAGAGUAA